AUGUCAGCUAUAUCAUCAUCAACAUCAACAUCAGAUCCUUCAACAACUAACGUGACUAGUGAAUCCUUCGCUAAGAUAUUCGUGGCAGACUCUGGAGAGCACAAGAUCUUUUUUGCUGACCUAAGAGACGAAUUAUCGUUCAAACCCAUCCCCUCUACGUGGCACCCAGAAUUCUUAGCGUAUGACUCUACGAGGAAGAAGCUCUAUUGGAAUGAUUUCACAGCCAAGCAAAUAUAUCGAGCAGAUGUGAACGGGUUAAACAGAGAGGUCGUGACUUUUGCCAGCAACGAGGCACCCGCAGGGGUUGCCAUUGCAGAGGAACUGGGGGUUCUCUACAUCGCUUAUACCCUGUCGAACAAGAUAACAUCCAUGUCAAUUAAACCGGACAAAACAAUACCGAGAGAUGAUCCUGACUUUGCAACACAAGGUAUAAAGGAACCAAGAGCAUUGCAGACCGAUGAGGAACAAGGGUAUAUUUACAUGACUAUGAACGGAGAAGUUGCUCGUAAACAUUUAUUCCUGCCUCAAGACGCACUUCAAACUAUAUACAAAAAUAUUCAUCUCAACGAUCUCUCUGGACUCAGCAUUGACUUCACCAGGAAUCCACGUCGUAUCUUCUUCUGUAGCAUUACUGGUGGGAGAGUCUUCUACAAAGAUAUGAGCACUUCUCCAGACAAAUCGAUUGCUACAGAAUUGACCUAUAGCGGGCAGUCUCCAUACUACGGGCAACUCCAAUCCCUGAGCUACAUCAAUGGCUUCCUCUAUUGGGUCACGAGGCAGAACUAUACGAGAAGCAUCGGUAUCACGACAUACUAUGAUAAUACCAACCGAUCGUACGUCAUUAAAGAAGUCGACAAGUUCAUGGUUCCUAGAGAUCACCUCUCCGGUAUAUGUCACUGGAGAAACAAAGAGAUGGGAACAAAGAGACCCCUAUUCUAUAGGCCUUGUUUAUUCCUUUAUUCGUAGAGUACAUAAUUCAUGAAUGACCAGUGGAUACAUUUGCUGGCACUCCUUUGGUUUGGGGAUAGGGAAUGGUGGGUUUGUUUGCCUGGUUUGCUAGAAGAUUGGCUUUCUCGUUGAGAGCAAGUUUAGACUUCAAGGCAGAUAGACGUGUAAUGUAACUUCCCCCAGAAGUUUAAGACCUGCCUUGAUUUUGUUUCUUAACAGGUAAGCGAACACUCACCUUUCUAAAAGUAUAUUCAUGUUCUAUUCUAGUAAAUUUUAGAGAUAUAUCCCAAGAUCCUCAUGCAAUUUGAAUUGUAUGAUAUUGUUUAGUGUGAUUCUCCUUGUGUUGGAAAACCCAUUGUAUGAUAUUUUCAUGUGUUUAUGUCCAUUAACCUUUGAUACAAGAUGGUUGUGAUUGUGUAUGAAUUAAGAUACUACUUUCCACAAGCCAGACAUAUGUAUAGUUAUUUCAGUCAUUGUAAAAUACUCAUCAUUAGAUAGUUUAGUGAUAGCCCAAUUACUACUUGUGAGCCGAUAAAUACUCUUGUUCAAUAUAAAGGAGAAUUAUUAUUGAUUAAGUAGGAGAGCAAGUUUAGACUUCAAGGCAGAUAGACGUGUAUUGUAACUUCCCCCAGAAGUUACUAUGUCGCAGCUUUUUAAGACCUGCCUUGAUUUUGUUUCUUAACAGAGUUCCACCAUGGUUCCACCAUGGUUUCACUUCCGUUUCUCUCGGGACAAGAGUUGGGACUGCUGUCGUUGUUCAGGCAACGCUCUCCGCCUGAUCGAUGUAUUUAGUGCUUAUUGACGAACAACUCUUGUUUUAUUAUUUGUAUUUUAUUGGAACAUCUAUUCUUUUCUUCUAUUCCUUGAUAUUUUUCUAAUGUACUGUGUAGUUUACUUUGCUCCUUUUCUAUCAUUUGUUGUACACCUGUACCACAUAGUGUAAAGCUUUUUUUGUAAUGAUUCUUGUUGUUGUUUGAAAUCAUUGAUACAAGUUGUCACACUGGGAAUUUAUUAUCGGUGUACCUUAGACACUGAAUACUAAUAAAUACCUCUUUGGUCUUAUUGGCACAAAA